AUGAUUCUGUCUUAUUGGUACGUGGACACACUUAUCCUUUUGGUGACUUUCGUCUUCCUCAUCUACAAAUACGUCAGCAGAAAUUACGACUACUGGGCAGAACGCAACGUCCCAUUCAUCACCCCCAAGCCAUUUGUCGGAAACUUUUGGGAUGUGUUAACUUUCAAACUUCCAAUUGGCUCAUACUUAGAGAAACUCUACAACAGCACGUCAGAAAAAUUUAUCGGCAUAUACGUGUUCUCGAAGCCCUGUUUGGUUGUCCGUUGUCCGGAACUGGUAAAGUCCAUUUUAAUCCGGGAUUUCAAUUAUUUCGUCGACAGAACCGUCGCCACCGGCAAACACGAGCCACUCAGCGAUGGCAUGCUGUUUUUCAGCAAAAGUCCCGAAUGGAAGGGAACCAGGAGGCUUAUAUCGCCCGUUUUUACCAGUGGGAAACUGAAGACUAUGUUCCCUAUGAUAAACGACAUUGGGGAUGAACUGAAUAAGUACAUUUCAAAACGCUUAAAUGAUGAUGUUGUGGAAUGCAAAGAAAUUUGCGCGAUGUACUCCACUGAUGUUAUUGCGAAAUGUGCCUUCGCCAUAAAUGCCCACAGUUUUGAGGGACAGGGAGCUUUUAGAAAGCACGGCGGUGAUAUUUUUGAUUCUACUCUUAGAAAUGGAAUAAGCCAAACCUCGUUGUUCUUCCUUCCUGAUCUUGUAAAGCUUUUUAAGUUAACUUUCAUGCCUAAACACGUAAAUGACUUCUUAACAAAUGCGUUCGAAGCAACUUUAAAAGCCAGAGAAGCGAGUGGGUUAAAAGGCAAUGAUCUAAUAGACGUAAUUAUGGAUAUUAAGAAACACAAAGACUUUGUUAAGGAACACAACUUUGAGGGUCCUAAAGUGGUGGCACAAGCAGGACAAUUCUUUGUGGCUGGUUUCGAAACCACAAGUUCCACUAUGGCGUUUACACUAUAUGAACUAUGCCUUCAUCCAAACAUUCAACAGAAGCUAAGAGAGGAAAUUCAAAAUAGCAUUAGAAAAAAUAAUGGAAUAACUUACGAGUCCCUUUUAGACAUGAAGUAUUUGCACAUGUGUGUUUCAGAGACGUUAAGAAUGUACCCAGUGCUGCCUUUCUUGGACAGAAUGUGUAACGAAAACUACAAGGUACCUGGCACAGAUGUUGUAAUAGAGAAAGGAACCCCAAUUUAUAUACCUAUGUUUGGUUUACAUUAUGACCCAAAAAUAUUCCCAAAUCCCAAGAUUUAUAAUCCUGAAAGAUUCGCCGAAAAUACUAUAAACACUGAAGGCUUAAGUUACAUACCCUUUGGAGAUGGACCAAGAAACUGUAUUGGUGAACGUUUUGGAAUGUUAGGCACAAAACUAGGCUUGGCUAAAAUAAUUUCUGAAUUUGAGGUAAUCAAGACCAAGGAAACUCCAGUACCACUUGUCUUUGAGCCUAAAAGUUUUAUAUUAACAUCUAAAGUUGGUUUACCCAUGAAAUUCAAGAAAUGUGUUUCACAUGCUGCUUAAAAAAUUUAUAUUCAAUAUUGUUAUUUAGUAUUCAAAUAUAAAUAUAUGCCAUAGUA